ACGACGUCGUCGUGUUGGCCAGUCGAUCGCGCGCAACACGUCCGCUUGACGACGGAUCCCGCACGAGUCCUUAUUGUAUAUUAUUAUUAUCUACGCAGACAUAAUAAUAAUAUCACAACGCGAUACCAUAGUAUUAUUAUUAUUAAAUCGUCGGUAUAUCGCAGGUCCGCUUCACGCUCGCUGCGUGUAACGAUGUCGAUAUAAGGCCGUCGUCGCAUACAAUACUAAUACUGCUGCAGUGUACAUCGUCGUUUCACGUAAUCCAUUUGAAAUACAACUCGCGGAUUUGCUCGUAGGUCCGUGAUAAUUAUUGACUGUCGACGGUGGUGUACUAUAAUUGUACUGCAGCUCGGUCGCCGCACAUCGUAUCUCACUGCGGGCCUGCACCAAAAGGGGUACUAUGAUGAUGUUGCAGAACCCGCUGUUCCAGGAGUACAACACUGCUCUGUCGCAGUUGCUCGAACUGCACCAACAGCAACACCGGUACCAUCACCAACAACACCAGCACCAGCAGCACCACCAUCACCAACAUCACCCCAACAGACAACAGCUGCACCGUACAGCCGGGAACGGGUCGUCCGCAGCAGCAGCAGCAGCAGCAGCCGCAGCCGCGGGAGUUUUCCAGAGUUACGCGGGUGGCGUGAGGACGGCCAGCCGGGACAGCGCCGAGUCCGACGGGCUGAGCUCUUCGUCGCCCAGGCCCUCCAAGCCGUUCACCAUCGACGCGAUACUCGGACUUCAAGCGGGCGCCGCUGUGGGCCAGUCGGCCGCCACGCUGUCGAUCGACCCGUCCACUACUGGCCCGGUCGCCGCGCUCGACUUUUCCACCGGUUCGACAGCGGCUCACGGCAAAAAACUCCGCGAAGACAAAAUUGAAGGUUCCAGUAAAAAACACGGUUGUUCUGGCAAAUCAAAAAGAGUACGAACAAUAUUCACUCCGGAACAAUUAGAGAGGUUAGAGAUGGAAUUCGAACGUCAACAAUACAUGGUGGGUCCAGAAAGACUAUAUUUGGCUCACACAUUACAGUUAACGGAAGCACAAGUUAAAGUUUGGUUUCAAAAUCGUAGAAUAAAAUGGCGAAAACAACAUCUGGAAAUACAGCAACAGAGGUUGGCCAACAUACACCAACGGAGUACGCAGGGAAUGGUCCAAGAGGGUGAAGAAGACGAGGAUUCGGAAACAGAAACGAAUAAUUGUUCAUAUUACUCAUAAAAAUGUUAAGAAAAAAAAAUGUGUAGGUUAGUUUCCUAUAACUCUGUGUUUAAUAUUGAAAUGUGGAAAGUCCAUCGAUUGUGGUUUUAUAGAUACAUGAAAAUCAUUAUAUAAUAUUAUACAACCGCGUUUGUCGUGAAAACGGCCGUUUUUCUAAAAUAUCAGGCGAAAUAUUAUUUAAAAUGAAAAUUUUUUUUAAUUGUUGUUUGUCUUUUUACAAAGCAUAAAAUAUAUUAUAAUAUCCAUGUAUAAAGGUAUAACUAUAAUAUUGUACAGAAUUAUGUGGAGAUUCAUAGAAAACACUUUUCAACGCAAACUGAUGAUCAGACGAAAUUUUGAUGAUAUCGCAAACCUUUACAAAUUGUUGAAAAUCUAAAUAUACACUUAAUCUGAUGUGUUUAAUGCAUUGCAAGAUCGUUAAUAAUUAGCAUAUUAGAAUAUAAUAAUAUAUAGGUUAGAUGUUCCAUUAUUAUUAUUUAUUAAAUAUUACCUAUGUUGAUCAAAUGUAAAUAUAUAUUCUACAAUGUUGUAAAUAAAUAAUAAAAUGUGUUUAAUAUUA